GAAGAGGGCCUCGUCAAACUUGUAUCCCAUUCUUCUGUUCUUUAUACAACAAAAUGUGUUUUCAAUCAAUCAGUCAAUCCAGUUCAAAUGCAUAGGCCUAUUAAAGCUGUUGGUUUUCUUUGCUUUUUAACUUUUAGUCGAGCUGGUAGACCGUGCAUUGAUUUGCUAUUGUAAUGCACGAGUCUAUCUAGGUCACAUGCUGCGUGUAUUUAUUGAUGAGGAAAUACCACGAAACUACAACGUGUCCAGAGUAAUGGAACGCUGGGUGGGACGAGUUGUCUUGGUAACGGGAGCCUCUAUGGGAGUUGGUGACGCCACUGCUCGACUGCUAGCGUCACUCGGCAUGAAGGUGGUAGGCUGCGCAAGAAGCAUUGACAAGCUGAAGAAAUUAGCAGACGACAUCAAAGCAUCAGGUCGUGGUGAAAUGCUACCAGUCAAAUGUGAUUUGACAAAGGAAAAAGAUAUAUUGGGAAUGUUUGCUGAAAUUUCCCGCCAAUGGGGUGGUGUUGACGUCUGCGUCAAUUGCGCUGGCCUAGCCUUGGAGGCACCAAUCAUAGAUGGGGACAAAGACAAAUGGAGAAAUAUGUGGGAGGUUAAUGUGAUGGCUCUUUGCUUGUGCACCCAGGAAUCGGUUAAAUCAAUGAGGCAACGAGGCGUGGAUGAUGGCCACAUCAUCAAUAUCAACAGUCUGUCGGGUCAUCGUGUUGGGAAGAGUCACUUCUACUCCGCCACAAAGUACGCCGUCACUGCGCUCACAGAGGGCGUGCGCUGGGAACUCAGGGGCAUUAACUCGCAUAUCCGAGUAACUAGCAUCAGUCCCGGGCUGAUUAAAACCCAUUUCGCCGAGACAAUGUACGGGUCGGCCAGCGCCGCCCAGGAGCUCUACACUGCAAGACAGGCAUUACAGGCAGAGGACAUAGCCAAGAUGAUAGAGUUUGCUUUGGCUGCACCAGAGCAUGUCCAGAUUCACGAACUGAUGGUACGCCCAACAGAGCAAGUUGUUUAGAAGAACUCAGCGAACAUUUAACAUUAUUGUACAGAACAAUAUAUACAGCUAAAACAUGGUUUAAUUAUGUCAUGCUGUAUCUGCAUUUGUACCAUAUUAUCACAGAAAUUAGGUCUUUGUUUGUGAACCUCUGUAUAUAUAUGAAGAGUUUAGGCGCAAAACGCGAUAUAUAAUUUUUUUUUUUUUUUUCAGUAAAAGUGAUUUUUUUAAUUGGCGUAUAUCGCGUUUUGAUAAAAACGGGAUUUACCCAAUACAAUUUC